GCGGCGCCCGGCAGCGAGGCGGGCGCUGCCGGCCGGGACUCCGGCAGUGCCCACCAACCGCUCCGCCCCGGGACCGCCAGCAUGAGCAAGCCGGCAGGAUCAACAAGCCGCAUUUUAGAUAUCCCCUGCAAAGUGUGUGGUGACCGCAGCUCGGGGAAACACUACGGGGUCUACGCUUGCGACGGCUGCUCGGGGUUUUUCAAGAGGAGUAUCCGAAGGAAUAGGACAUAUGUCUGCAAAUCUGGAAACCAGGGAGGCUGCCCGGUAGACAAGACACACAGGAACCAGUGCAGGGCGUGUCGGCUGAAGAAGUGUUUGGAAGUCAACAUGAACAAAGAUGCUGUGCAGCACGAGAGGGGUCCUCGGACAUCCACCAUUCGCAAACAGGUGGCCCUCUACUUUCGUGGACACAAGGAGGAGAACGGGGCAGCCACGCACUUCCCGUCCGCUGCUCUGCCAGCUCCCGCCUUCUUCACCGCGGUCACACAGCUGGAGCCGCACAGCCUGGAGCUGGCCGCAGUGUCCGCCACUCCAGAGCGUCAGACCCUCGUGAGCCUGGCUCAGCCCACACCCAAGUACCCCCACGAAGUGAAUGGUACCCCAAUGUAUCUCUAUGAAGUAGCCACAGAGUCAGUGUGUGAAUCAGCUGCCAGGCUUCUUUUUAUGAGCAUCAAGUGGGCUAAGAGUGUGCCAGCUUUUUCCACGCUGUCUUUGCAAGACCAGCUGAUGCUUUUGGAAGAUGCUUGGAGAGAACUGUUUGUUCUAGGAAUAGCACAAUGGGCCAUUCCGGUUGAUGCUAACACUCUACUGGCUGUAUCUGGCAUGAAUGGUGACAACACAGAUUCCCAGAAGCUGAACAAGAUCAUAUCUGAAAUACAGGCUUUACAAGAGGUGGUGGCUCGGUUUAGACAGCUCCGGUUAGACGCUACUGAAUUUGCCUGUCUGAAAUGCAUUGUCACUUUCAAAGCUGUUCCUACACACAGUGGUUCUGAACUGAGAAGUUUCCGGAAUGCUGCCGCCAUUGCAGCUCUUCAAGAUGAGGCUCAGCUAACUCUCAACAGCUACAUCCAUACCAGAUACCCCACGCAGCCUUGCCGCUUUGGAAAACUCCUGUUGCUUUUGCCAGCUUUACGUUCUAUCAGCCCAUCAACCAUAGAAGAAGUGUUUUUCAAAAAAACCAUCGGCAACGUGCCAAUUACAAGACUGCUUUCAGAUAUGUACAAAUCCAGUGAUAUCUAAGCUCUCAAAGUACCCACUUUUCAGGAUGGGACAGUAUCAGAUGAACUUCUACCCAUGGAGAACAAGCCUCAACUAACAAACCCUUCAGGAAGCAGAAACCUGGGAAUGUGUAGCCUUCAGGAAAAAAAUGCCAACUGACACACAACAGUUCCAGUAGCUAAGACCUGCUGCCUCCACCAGGGCAGGGCAGCCAGGAAGGAAAGGGGGUGCAAGAGGACUGCGUGGCAGCUGCUGUGCCCUGGGAGGGGAAAACUGGGGGCUGCCACAGGCCGAGCUGUUCUGCCUCUGACCUGGAAGAUCUGGCCAAGCUUCAAAAGCUGAAAGACGAGUCGUACUUUCCUUUCCUUAUUAGCACAUAGAGUUGGGUGAUCCAAUAUAGUUCUGUGUAUAACAUCGUACUGCAGCCUUCGGAACUAUGUUAUGUUGGAGAAUUUAUUUUAAAAAGAAUGGUUAGGUUUGAAAUCAAGAGUAUUAUCAAAAGUUUCCCUUCUAUUGUAAUACAUCAUUAAGUGGCCUUCAGAACCGAGUUAAUACGUGAAAAUUAGCUUAUGCUGUGUGAUUUGCUUUUCCUCUAUCUCCUUUCCCCCUUUCUCUUCUUUUUUUUUCCUUGUCUUCUUCUCCACACCUCCCCCCCCCCGCCCCCGCCAACUUUUCCUUUUCCUUCUCUUUUAAUACCAUAGGCCAGGCAACCUUGUCAAAGGAAUUGGUGGACAUAAAUGAGAUUCUCACCAGGAUUUCAGGUUGGAUGACAUCUCAAAGAUAGAAGAGCUUUACUAAAAAGAACACAAGUCGAGGGAAGAUGAGUAAAAACAGCAAAACCAAAUAAAGUGGAGAUGAGUGAUUGAGUGAGGCAGAUUGCUGUCCCUUUAAGGUCGUGCUGAAACCAAAGGCAAUGGGGUCCACACUCGUGGUUCAGCAAGUCACAGCAGACGGUAAACAAAAGCGGACACAAUGCCAGAAGGAACUUCAAGGAGAUGAGCACCAAGCAGUUUCCCUAUUGAUCCAUUGCUAACAGCCUGAGACUCUUCAAUGCCUUUCAGAAAACUCUGGUUUCUAGUAAAGCCUUGAAUGCCCGCCCGCGCUCGCGCACACACACACACACACACAGGCACACACGCACGCGCGCGCGCACACACACACAUGCACCACAUCAUCCUAUGCUAUAAGCUGCUCCUUUGGUAUGAAUCUAUACUUAUGGAAAUGUAGAAACAAACAUUUUUAAAUAGCUGCUGUACUUUUCACAUUUUGAUUUAUUAGGUACUAGCACUGAGAAGAAAAUUUCAGCACUUGGACUAUCAUAGGAGGAGUAAAACUUUUCUUGUACAAAGUGAAUUAACUGAUUUGUGAAGUUAAAAGGUUGUACUCAUUGUAUUUACA